AUGUCAUAUAUUAGUUUUAAGGUAAUAGCAGAGACGAGAUAUUCAUAAAUUAUUCGUAUUUGUGGUAAUCAUCCUUCCCUUGGAUAAUGGAAUCCUCAAAAUUCUUAUCCAUUAUACACUAAAUGCGAAACUUACCCUGAAUGGAGCCAUGAGAGCAAAAUUCAAAUUGAUCCAAGUUAAUUAUAGUUUUAAGCCAAUAGGUUUUAAUUUAGAAUUCAAAUGCCUUAUUCAAGAUGGAGAUAAUUUUAUUUGGGAGACCAUCGAAAACAGAAUACAUAAGUGUGAUUUUAGACGCAACUUCCUUUAUAUCACAUUCAAUAAACCAACUAUGAACAUUAGAUAAUUUUAAAAAUAUGAAAUCUCUCAUGAAUUUGUACAAGAAGAACUAGGUAUAUAUCGAAGCCUAAUGCAUUUUAGUUAGAGUUUAAAGACUUAAUCGAUCAAGAGAUUAUGAUCCUUUUGAUAAUGCUUUUGAUUCAGUAUGAUAAUCUUUAAAUAUAAAGUCUGAUAAUGAAAGCCUCUCAGAAUUAACAACAGAGAUAAGAGGACUCACAAAUAUCUCAAUUAAUUAAUUAGAAAUUGAUUGGAAAUAAUUAAUAAAAGUAUUACAAUUACUUUAUCCUAAUUAGAGUCAUUUUGAAUGUAAACAAAAAUUAAAGUCAAUAUCUAAAUUGAGAAAAAUUUCUGAAUAAUAUGGAUCAUCUGAUUUGAUUUUCGAUUUCAAAAGAAAGCGUUCUUCAUCAACUUAAGUAUUUACAGAUUCUUAUGUGAUUUGUUUAUCAUUUAAGAUACCUAUUAAAAUAAUCUAAACUAAUUAAUUUUGUAAAGUGACAAAUAAAAAGGGUAUCUCGAUGUUCAUUAUGUUUAGAUAUUACAAAUAAAUACAAUUUUUAAUUAACUUCUGAUCCUUAUUACAAUAAUAUGUACAAUCUAUUUAGUAACAGAUUAAGUUUAAAGGCAAUUUGGAUAGGAUGGAUUGGAAUUUAAGUUGCAGAUGAGAAUGAAUUUAUUCUUAUAUAACAACAUGUGUAUGAUUAGUACAAAUGCUUUGGAAUUAAGUUAGACGAUGCUUUAUUAAGCUGUUUUUCUUAGCUAAUAACCCCAGUCUUUAAUAACCUAACUCCAUAAUUGAAAUUACAUUCUGAAGAUGAUUAUAUGCAAAUUAAUAAAAUAUUUGCAAAAUAUGUUUAAGAGGCAGUAUAAUGUACAUUAUUUUAAAACUAAUUUUGCCAUUUACAUUCUAUUUUCAUUUUUGACUAUCAUCUCUUUUUAGUUCCAAUUUAUAUAAAGGAAGAAUUGAUCAAGAAAAAUGAAAAUAGACCAAGAAUAUGUACAAUAAUGAGAAGAUCGUUUCCAAACCCUAAAUAAAUUCGAAUUCUAUCAUGCAGCGAAAACAUAUUAUCCUCUAUAUUAAUGAGUGAUUUAAUCUCCUUAAUCUAAUUAAAAGAUUUGUAUUAAUUUAUGCAGUGCUUACCUUAAAAAUACCAAAAACUUACUAAGAUAUCUGAUAUGAGUGCAUUUACUAUUGAAGUUUUAGGUAGAUAAAUUAUUUUAGAUUAUGGGAGUGUUGGAUUAAAUAUAAAAUAAUAAUAAAAUAUAAUAAGCAUAUAAGAAACAACUAAAGAAAAAUAGUUUACACUUCUUGGAGUUGAUAGUUUAUCACUUCUAAGUGGUCUGCCAUAGAAAUUCAAAAUAAUUGAAUAAAUUUAUCUGUUAAAGUAACAACAAAUUAGAUUAAUUCAGGUUUUAUAUACAAAUAAUGAUGAAGAUUACGAAAGCAAUUCUUAAUUAUUAAAAUACUAUGAAGAAAUAAUGACUCAAGCAAAAUAAAUUAAUCAAAAUUAUCAAUAAGAUCUAAUUUAAAUUAAACUCGAUCUUUCUUAAAAUGAAUUAAUCAAACUUUAUGAAACGUCUGAUGUUUUCAUCAAAUGCUCAUUGAGAGAUAGCAUUUCUUCAAACUAUUUAGAAUAUAUAUAUUUUCGAUAGUUGAGAAAGAAAGCAGCUAAAUUAGUCUCAAGCUAAUGGUAUUCAUUAAAUGUUGAUCAUAGAAAAAUCAAUCCAAAUAACUCUAAAGAAUCAGCUUAAACAAUUUUGAAUUACUUGAAUGAUUAAAGUCCAAAAUUUAUUAUUGUUCCAAACAGUAAUGAUUGGUUACACAGUUUAAAUGAUCACUUGAGUUAUUGUGAAGAUUUUUGGUUUGAUAAAUAAUUGUAUCAUUCAGCCAAAGAAUUUACAUUAGGUUUAAAAGAUAAAAGCUUUUGUUAAAUUGAGAAAACUAACGUUGUGUCUAAAUAUUUUAAUCGAAAUUUUUAGGAUAAUUAAAAAAUUAUAAUUCUUGCUUUUACUCAAAAAUUUUUAAAGAAAAUACCAAAAUUAGACUAAUUAAUUUAAGUAUUUGAAAAGUUAGCUCAAGAUGAUAAUAAUACUCUAAUUAUUGUCUCUGAUUAAAAUUGUGAAAUUUUGGAUUUGAACUUUGGAUCCAUUAAUAAUUUAUAUCUAAUUGCUUAGGAUGGACUUUUCAUUAAAUAAAAUAAUAAAACAAAUUUCUAAUCAAUUAUAGAGUAGAAUGAAUAAUUAAAAGCAAAAUUAUAAUCAUUGUCAUUUUUGGAACAUUUAAAUUUAACAGAAAAAAAUUAAAUUUAUACAUUGUCUUUGAAAGAGCAAAUUAAAUUUACAAAUGCUGCUGCAAAUGUUUUUCUAUCAAAUUUGAUUUAAGAAAUAAAAUUAGAAUUCGAUGAUUAUUUAAUAUUUUAAGAAAAUUAUUCAAUAAAGAUUAAACAUCAAUAUUAACAAAUUGAAGAAUUAUUGAAAAUUAUAAUAAUAAAUGAAACAAAUUAAAAGGGAUUGAUUUCAUUUGCUAAUAUUAUUUCAUUUGAUAGAGGAUGGUUGGAAAAGAUUUUGCAAAUUUUUUAUUUUGCAACUAUACCAUUAAACAAAGUAUUUUUUAAAUUUAAAUAUAGAAAUUUCAUUGUAUUUCAAUUUCUGAUUAGAUUGAAAAGAAUAGUAAUUUAGUUAUAGAAUCUAUGUUAGAAUUAAUAAAAUUGCUUAAUAGUUAUGUUUUGGAGAGAUAAGAUCAAAAAUUGA